GACACUAUUCUUCUUGAUGGCGGAGGCCUGAAGCCAACGUACAGCUUGCGUACGCUGUGUCGUUGGCUUCUGUUUGUGCGGGAAAUGUCCAGGAUGUAUGGCAUGAGGCGUGCACUGUAUGAUGGAGCCGCAAUGGCCUUCUUGACUGUCCUGAAUUCCGAGAGUGCAGUCAGGAUGGAUAGACUCAUCAAGCAGAGGCUUGCUCAAGGGCCCAGGGAACAGGCACCUGUCGUUGCUCCCCGUGAGCCAAGCGGUGGGAAUCAUGUCCUCUUUGAGCAAUUCUGGUUGGAGGUGGGAGACCAAGACAUACCUGAGGGCAAAGUUUCUGCUGAUGGAAGUGGCUCUGCUUUUGUCUUGACCAGCAGUGUCAGAAAGAAUCUGCAGAACUUGGCACGUGCAGUUGCCUUAAG